AUGGGAUUGGUGAAGAACAGCAAGUUCUACAACUAUACCGUGAAUCUGAAUGGAAACCGUGUGAAAUACGGAGCAGAAUACGAGAAGGACUAUUUCACUGAUCUGGUCACCAAUUACUCAGUGAAGUUUAUCGCGGACCAUUUCGUGACUCACAGCGAUGCUCCAUUCUUUCUUAUGAUCAGUUACCCAGCACCUCAUGGUCCUGAAGAUCCUGCGCCUCAGUAUGCGCAAUUAUUUGAGGACAUUGAUUCGCACAGAACUGACUCGUGGAACUACGCACCAAACCCGGACAAGCAAUGGCUUUUGCAGAGGACUGGUAAAAUGGAACCUGUGCAUGUUGCAUUCACCGAUUUACUUCAUCGCCGUCGUAUGCAAACAUUACAAAGCGUUGACGAUGGAGUACAUCAGUUUGGUCUAAUUAAAGGGAAAAAUAUGCCAUACGAGUUUGAUAUCCGUGUGCCAUUUUUCAUGCGUGGCCCAGGGGUUAUAAAGAAUGUUAGUAUACGCGAGCCCGUCCUAAAUGUCGAUAUAGCGCCGACCUUGAUUUCCAUUGCUGGUGGCAAGGUUCCGAGCCAUAUGGACGGUAGAAAUCUGAUGGAGUUGAUCGCACUGAAGAAAGCCGCCUUGUCAGGGAAAACUAACGACACUGGUCUUCCGGCUCCAUGGAGAGACACGGUUUUGAUCGAAAGAGGAAAAAUGCCAAAACUACGCAAGAUUCGCGACCGAUGGUUAAAUCAGAAAGAGAGGUAUGGAAAAGAGCAAUGGUCAUGCUACCGAUCUAGCGACGAUCGUUGGAGAAUACUGAAAUGUCGCGAUAGGAAAAGUCGACAAUGUGCUUGUGAGAAACGACAGAAACGAUCCACCAAAACAAAAGAUGCUGAAACACGUGAGCAAGACCUGGUGGAUGAGUUUAUCCGACACGUUCAUGAAUACAGUGUACUUCAAAGUAAGGAAUGGUAUCAGGGAACUUUUGACUCGUUGAGGACACGUCGACGUCGUAGUCUUUGCUCCUGCAGGGGUCCCAGUCUGCAUCCAUUAAAGCACGAAGAGUUCAGCUUUCAUCCUUCUGUUGACACAACAGAGGUACCUCGCAAACGAAAGGAUCGAGGGAACUCGAGUCAUCCAGUUCGCUUGUCGUGUUCCGUGCAACAGAUGAACUGUUUUCUGCACAGUAACGACCACUGGAAGACUCCACCUUUGUGGCCUGAUGAAUACGGACAAUUCUGUUUCUGUCAGAACUCUAACAAGUUAGUAAUCCAUCAGUCCUUGUCACUUCUUAUCUCCGAUAUCACGCAUAAGAACCCGCUAUUUCGACGCGCGCUCUGA